CACCAUUUCUGUCUACUUUUUUCCCCUUUGCGCCCCUCGGUGACAUUGAGUACUCCCGCGCCACCGCCUUCCUGGAGGUGCUGUGCGGUUUGAAGGAGUAGGCGACCAUGGGGAGCCUCCGCGGCCUGCUCCUGGCGGCGGGGAAUUAUUUUAGGUUAUGUGAAAAAGAUGCUUUCUCAUUUCUGAGGCUUACCAGAAACUCUGAUUUGAAGAGAAUAAAUGGUUAUUGCACCAAACCACAGGAAAGUCCAAAACCUCCAUCCCACACUUACACCCACCGAGUGCCAUUACACAAACCUACGCACUGGGAGAGGAAGAUCCUGAUAUGGGCAGGUCGCUUCAAAAAGGAAGAAGACAUCCCAGAGACUAUCUCGUUUGAGAUGCUUGAUGCUGCAAAGAACAAGGUCCGGGUGAAGAUCAGCUAUAUAAUGAUGGCCCUGACCGUGGCAGGAUGCAUCUUGAUGGUUAUCGAGGGCAAGAAGGCUGCCAGACGACAUGAAUCUUUAACAAGCCUGAACUUAGAAAAGAAAGCUCGUCUGAGAGAGGAAGCAGCGAUGAAGGCCAAAACAGAGUAGCAGCGGUAUCCACGUUGGCUGGAUUUUGAAAAUCCAGGGGAUGUUUCAGCAACAGCCUGUAUUAAAGACUGUCGUAUGAGGAUCCACAUCGUGCAAGCAUGGUUGGUACAAACAUACCAUUACCCUGUUUUGCUCUAGAGGUACAAAUAAAUUUUCUUAAAGAAC